GAGAUCUUUGCAAAGAGGGGUGCUACCUUGUUUCGGAACAUUGUUUCUCCCAAGGAUGUGGCAUUCCAGGCGCCUGAGAGUGCGGAAGUUUUAGAGGCGCCACGAGGAUACAAGCGAGCUGAUGCCAAGGUGAAAUGUGAAGCCUGCGGCAAGAGGACUCCAUCGUCGCUUCCGAGAUGCGGCUAUUGCGGAAUUGAGAACGCGAAGCAUUGUCCCAUCCAAGACGCUGUCUCUCAGGGUAUCAAGCAGCAAGGAUACACCAAGAAGAUUCCUGCUGUGGUCGACACAGCUGCAGAGCUUUCUGGCAUAGAGACGGCAGCCAAAGCGAACUUGGUUCGGUGGUCUGGUGAUCUGACUGGUGAAAUGCGCAAGCGCAAGAGUUCUGAAGAAGCCCAAGGAGACCUGCCAGAGGGUGGCGUCUUGCGUUUGCAAGGACAGCCUGCCUUGAAGAAAGCAGCAGCAGAGACUUCGGCUUCCUCACUUCCCCAGAAAGAGCCAGAGACGAAAGAGCCAGAACCAUUGAAGCUGGAGCUGGACUUGGAUGAUCCGGCAGACGCUGUGCAGUUCUUGCUGAGCAAGUUCAAGGCAGCAGAGCGUGACAAGCUGCAGCCAGUCUGCCGGUUUUUUGUCCAGGAACUUCGGAAAGGAAAGAAAGAACCAUUGGUAGAUUUGCUGCAGGAGGAGGUAAUUGGGCCAAAAGUGCUUGACUCCGGCAAAGGGAGGCAGUCCUGGGCCGCAGCGUGGAGUGCCAACCGAGCACAGCGCUUCGUGACCGUCAACAUGUAG